AUGGAUGACAACGAGCAAUUCAACGAUGAACAAUUCAACAUGAUGAAUGAUAUGGUCGCUGAUGCUUUAGGUAUGGAAUUGUCUUACAAUAAUGACGUUGAAGAUGAACAAGGCGAACAACCCCCAAAUGAGCAAGCCCAAAGAUUUUACGAGUUGUUGAAUGAAUGUAAUGUCCCACUGUUUGAAGGGUGUACGCAAUCAAAGUUAUCAAUGUGUGUCAGACUUUUAGCUCAUAAGUGCAAGUGUUCUUGGGACGCCAUUUAUCAGGAUAUCAUGCGGCGUAAUUUUCACAUUAGAGUUUCUGCCCGUUUUUCAGAUUUGCUUAGAAGAGCCCGUUUUCGGUUUGAGGAGACAGGAAAACGGCCACAUUGGAUUGGCCCGCCUAUCUUUGCUGACUUGGUUAAGUAUUGGGCGUCUGAUGAGUUCAAGAAAAUAUCACAGAAAGCAAAGAUGAACCGGGCCUCGGAAAAGGGAGGAUGCAUUCACACUGGCGGUUGCUUAAGCAACGGCGAGCAUGCUGAUCGAUUGACUACGAGGUUACGCCGCGAUCCGUUUAUUAACGAGAUUCACGACAAAACACACAAAAAUAAGUCUGGCCAAUACUGUGACGACCGUGCUAGGAGAGUGCAGGAGGAGUAUGAUCGGCUGCUUGCUGAGGCUAUUUCUAAAGGAGCAACUGUUGAUCACUCUUUGACCUUCCGCACUUGGAAAAAAGUUGUUGGCGACAAGAAGAAAGGAAAGCUCUAUGGUCUUGGUAACUUGGCCGCUAACUAUCGGGAUCUUCCCGGCAGCCAGCUGACGCCAGAGAUGCGGGAGCUUAUUCAUAGAUUGGCACAAGAGCAAUUCGCGCAGCAGAUGGCGACUCAAGCGGCUGUUGUGCAAGAUUUGCUCAACCGCCAAAGAUCUUAUGAGGAGCAGCUCGCUCAAUUUAGGCAAGCACAAGCUCAAGAUCCCUCGCCGGUUUUAAGUCCCAAUGUUGAGCCUUAUCCGGUCGAUAGAGAUGAGGAAGAGGAUGGUGUGGAUGAUGAUGAUGAUUGA